AUGAAAAGUGGGGAAAAGGUAGCGCAAAAGAAGGAAAAAUUGGGAAUAAAGUUAAGGAGAGAGGUAUUGUUAAGAAAAAGUAAAGGCCCUUCUACUCCAUUACCCUCUUCUUCUUCUUCACUUUGGCUUUUGCCUAAUAAUAACAAACACUGUAGCAGUUCCGUUACUCGGGACCACCAAUCACUACUCACCAACACCACCGCCACCACCGUCUCUGUUAGGAAGCUCGCGGCGGCUCUCUGGGAAUUCGACCAUUAUUCUCCACUCUUUCCAAUGCAUCGUCCUGUCAAUAACGGCGGUGCUGCCGAUUCUAGACUUCGCCGCCGCGGCCAUUACACUUUUCAUAAGGACAAGGCUCCUGAUAUCUCUAACUUCUUAAUCGAUGCUUCUCCAAGUUCCCCUGAUCAGCCAGCUAGUGCAAGCAGUUUGAGGAGGCAUGUUACAGCAUCGCUGAUGCAACAUCAGCGGGCAAUUGAGAGAAACAACCAUGCACUGCAACCUCUAUCUCCUGCAAGUUAUGGUAGUUCCAUGGAGAUGACACCAUAUAAUCCUGCAGCCACUCCUAUUAGUUCUUUGGACUUCAAGGGAAGGAUUGGGGAGCCACAUUAUACUCUCAAAACAUCUACAGAACUGUUAAAAGUGUUAAACAGAAUAUGGAGUUUGGAAGAACAACAUGGUUCUAACGUAUCAUUGAUAAAAGCAUUAAAAACAGAGCUAGAUCACACACGUAUCAGGGUCAAAGAGUUGCUACGAGACCGACAGGGGGAUCGACAUGAGAUUGAUGACCUGAUGAAGCAAAUUGCAGAGGAUAAAUUGGUAAGGAAGAGUAAAGAACAAGACCGGCUCCAUGCUGCUGUUCAAUCUGUGAGGGAUGAACUCGAGGACGAGAGGAAAUUAAGAAAGCGGUCAGAGAGCAUACACAGGAAACUAGCUCGGGAGCUUUCUGAGAUGAAGUCUUCUCUCACUUGUGCUUUAGAAGAUUUGAAGCAAGAGAGAACAAGAAGGAAAUUAUUAGAGGACCUCUGUGAUGAAUUUGCUAGGGGAAUAAAUGAAUAUGAGCAGGAGGUGCAUGCAUUGAAACAAAAGUCUGAGAAGGAUUGGGUUCAGAGAGCUGAUCACGAUCGUUUAGUACUCCACAUAUCUGAAUCUUGGCUGGAUGAACGCAUGCAAAUGCAACUGGAAGCAGCUCAGAAUGGUUUUAUGGAUAAGAAUUCCAUUGUCGAUAAACUAAGCCUUGAAAUAGAGACUUUUAUCAAAGCUAAACAAAAUAGUAGGAGUAUGGAAAAUCUAGUGAUAAGGGAUCGUCGAAAUUCUCUGGAGUCUGUACCACUGAAUGAUACCGUUAGUGCACCACAAGCUGUGGGUGAUGAUGACGAUGAUGAUUCUGUAGGCAGUGAUUCACAUUGUUUUGAGUUGAACAAGCCAAGCAACAUCGGAGCUAAACUACCCGAAGAAGAGAUUGUGGAUAAAAAUCUCGAUGAGACAUUGAAAUCCAAUGUCAAGAAGAAAAAACCAAUACUGCGAGAAGGGUUUAAAAAUCUUAUCCCGUCUAGCUUGCAAAUGGCUUGGGCCUUGUCAUCUAAUUCGAAUAAGAAGUCCCAGUCAUUUGAUGCACAGGAGGGGGUGACCACAGAUACGAGGCUAGUUGAAGGAGCUAGAAUAUCAGAAGAGCCUGAACACUUUGAAAUUAGUGAAAAUGGCGCUUUUGAAAGAAAAAACUACUCAAGUGAAUUGCACACCACCAGUAAAAAUCACAUUAUUGAUAAUCUCAUAAGAGGUCAACUUUUGACAUCAGAGGGUGGUAACAUUGACAUACAUGCUGAACAUAAUAGUUAUGGUGAGGCAUCCUGCAGCAAUGCUGGAUGGAGGAAUCAGACAAGCCCUGUGAGGCAGUGGAUGGCAAGUCUCGAUAUAUCCGAGGUUUCCAAAGUGCAUUCAGGAUCAAAGGAUAAUACUUUGAAAGCCAAGCUUCUUGAAGCAAGAUCCAAGGGGCGGCGAUCGCGUGUGAAGGCCCUCAAAGGGUCCUUUUAG